CAGGAGGCGCUUCUUCCCGCCCUCAAGGCGGAGCCUGCUGCUGCCGCGCGCCAAGUUCGUAUCUUGCAGCCGGACGCCGACCCCGCUCCGCUUCUUGUUCUCGGCCGCCUCCGCCGCCGCCAUGUGCUCCGUGGUCCCCGGCUACUCCCCCGGCUUCAAGAAGCCUCCGGAGCUGCUGCGCCUGAAGAGGAAAAGGGCGCGGAGAAGCGACGCGGAGCCCGGCCACUCUCCCAGCGCGCCCGCCGCCGCCGCCGCCGCCGCCCCUUGCGCGCUGGGCGGCUCGGCUCUGUCCCCUCGGCCUUACCCGGGGAGCCGCAGGCGCAACCCCUUCUCGAGCCUGGAGAACAGCCCGCGCCCUCCGCCGGGGACAGGCCAGUCCCUCUCUCCGGCGGGCGGCGCCCCCAGCUGCUCCCGCGCCCAGGUAAGGCGUCGCGACGAACGGAAUUCGGAGCCUUCGGGGCGGGAAAGCGCUGCGUUGCAGAUCGCCGUUUCCCUCUUUCCUCCUUUUUUUGCGUUUGUUAAUGUGCUCGCCCCGCCUCCGAAUUUAAACUCUUCGAUUAUCAUAGGGCAGCCAAAGCGCAUUAUUUAUUUGGAUCGUUUCGAAACGGAUUAGUAUUAAGACCGCUUAUCGAAAUGUUAUAUUGACACGAUAUGAUUAUUAUGAUUAUUGCUUUAUUUUUGCAUUGCGGUUUCUGUGAAUCGCUUUGGGCAGUUCUGGUAAUUUUGGGGGGAAAUAUUCGAUAACUUGGUAAAAGCGCCUUGGCGAUACUUCUUGAAAGAAAAGGUGGCGCAUACAUUAUUCUAAUAAUAUUUAUGCGGGAAAGCACAUGGGAGGAGACGCAACGUCGGGAUCAACAGUAAUCAAGCAGGACCCUAGGUUGUGAGAGGUUAAAUGGUGGAGUCUUUAGCUUUCAUCCAAGAAACUUACCAGGCACACAUUCCAUUGUGCACUUUACACGCAAGUAGACCAGUAGGGCACCCCCCCCUCCUCCCAUAAAUGUCACCUAUACAGUGUCCCCAAACUUCAGCCAGUUACUGGUUACUGUUUUCCUUCUGGAAACAAAACAAAAAAAUCACCCGUGGCAUAUAAUGUCCUAGGAAUGCAUUGAGUUGGGGUGUGUUUACUACACCAGCCAAUGUUAGUAGAUUGGGAUAAUAACAACACCCCACGCAUAUAGGAAAAUGGUGAAGGAAUGGUUAAGAAAGUGUGAAGUGUCUGUAAUGUUGUUGGGGGACAUUUUUCUAACCUGGGACAGGUUUUUUAAUUGGGUUAGAAAACAGUCCACAAUAGUUAUGUAUUUUUGUUACUAUGUUACAUAUUUUGUGUUUUUAUAUAGUAAACCACUCUGUAAUCCUUGGAUGAAGGGCAGUAUAAAAAUUAAUAAGUAAAUACAGAUUAAUAAAGCAUGCCCAUUGAUACUUAAGGAAUUACAUAAGAAUAUCUAGGCUUGAACUUUGCAGAGUGACAGAAUUUUAACCAUUUUUUUAAAAAAAAUAAUCUUAUGCUAAACACUGCAGUGGAUUAUUUUAUUCACUGUUCAUUGAAUCUUUGGUGUUCUCUUAACUUUGAAUUUUUUUCCAGUUUUUAAAUGGUCUGCAAGACGACAAGUCUAUCUGGAAAGAAGAGUUUUCUGAAGCAGCAUCUGUUGACUCAUUGAUCAAUGUAAGAAUCAUUGCAACUGUUAAAUGUAUCUAUAUAAGAGAAUAUUGGAUUUAUUUUAUCACACAGGGCUCAAGCCCGUUGCCUUUUGAAUGCACCCCCAAAGCUGCACUCGUAGAACAGCUUAUUUAUUCCUAGUGAUGUGAAUAAGGAUGCAGCUGAAAUUGGGCCCCUUGUGAUAUUCACAGCAAGGCAAACAUAAAAAAUGCAACUGUGUAUGUGGAAAGGAAAGGCUGCAGUUUUUGCUGGAUGACUUGAGUCAUUCAUGCUGCUUGGGGCAUGGUCAGAGAAACUGACGGGGGCUGAUAGUGUGUGCUCUUUUCUGCAGCACUAGAGUACACCUAUUACACUUUUUAAAAAGCAACAAUCUUUUCUACUCUUCACUAAUAUUGGUGUAUAUGUAAAAAGAUGCUGUUCUUAAUGCUAGCAAAGGAAGGACAUGCUUCUUCUAAACAUUUAAGUGAUGGCAUUUUAAUGAAGGAGCUGCUUCCUUGUAAUUUUUUUUCAAUGUUUAUAUUUUUCAAGGACCCAUAUCUGGCUGUUUCCAAUACUGACGUUUCUUCCUCACCAAGUUAUGAAUUUCCUGCGGACUGGAGUAUUAAAACUCGACUUCUAUUCACAUCUUCCCAAUCAUUUGCAUGGGCAGAUCACUUAAAAGCACAAGAAGAAUCCCUAGGAUACGUCCAGCAUUGUAGAGGAGCAUUAAUAAACUUGCCUCAAAGUAUUCAGGUAAUUAGUUCUGUUGAACCGUUGAUCAGGAGAAUAGACUAGAGACACUGAGGUAGAAAGGUGCCAAUUCACACCUGCAGUGAGAUGUUCAGCACAGUAUAUAUUUUUAAAAUUUGCAUGGCCAAUCAUGUCUUCCUACCAUGUGCAAACUGCCUUCUUCUCAAUGUUUUAUGGUGUAUAUUGAGCAGGACAAUAUCGAUGAAAAGAUCUUGGCUCUGUGACGGAUUUCUGCCGUAUAUAGAUCCUUUUUUUCAAUAGCACUAUGAAGCUGAGACAAAUGAUAUAAGACUCCCUAGUCCUCCUGUGUUACCAUUGACAUUGGUAGCUUGCCAGGCUAACAUUAUUCAGAAAGGAAUAAUCUGCCUGCAAAGAACAUUCUGAAUCACCUGACGUUUUGUGUGUCAUAAAGAUAAAACUUAGGAUAAUAGGUUAUGGUUAUAAAAAUGGUGGUAUUUUUUCAUGUAGAGAAAUUAUAACAGGAUUGUGCCUACCCCAAAACAUAUAAAUAGGCUUCUUAUUCAGCUUAUUAACCCUUAGAAUCUCUUUGAACUUUUGAGACCUGUUCAUAAGCUGCAAAGGGACCUACCACUGUACUCAUCGGCACAAAUGCAUGGUACUGUCCUCGAAGAGUACUAUAGCAAAAGGGUGGCGCUGUGGUCUAAACCGCUGAGCCUCUUGGGCUUGACAGAGUGAGCUCCUGCUGCUCUGUCCCAGCUUCCACCAACCUAGCAGUUUGAAAGCAUACCAGUGCAAGUAGAUAAAUCUGGCACUCGUCAUGGUCCUCCAUGUGCCAGUAGUGGUUUAGUCAUGCUGACCACAUGACCCGGAAAGCUGUCUGUGGACAAACACCGUCUCCCUCGACCUGUAAAGCAAGAUGAGCACCACACCCCAUAGUCGCCUUUGACUGGAUUUAACCAUCCAAGAGUCCUUUGCCUUUUACUUACUAUAAAGGUAAAGGUACCCCUGAAUGUUAGGUCCAGUCGCGGAUGACUCUGAGGUUGCGCGCUCAUCUCGCUCAAUAGGCCGAGGUAGCCAGCAUUUGUCCGCAGACAGCUUCCAGGUCAUGUGGCCAGCAUGACUAAGCCGCUUCUGGCGAACCAGAGCAGCACACAGAAACGCCGUUUACCUUCCCGCCGGAGCGGUGCCUAUUUAUCUACUUGCACUUUGAUGUGCUUUUGAACUGCUAAGUGGGCAGGAGCUGGGACCGAAUAACGGGAGCUCACCCCGUCAUGGGGAUUUGAACCACCGACCUUUUGAUCGGCAAGCCUUAGGCUCUGUGGUUUAGACCACAGUGCCACCAUAACUCCCUUUAAAUGUAUGCAAAAUAUAUCACUCAGGCUGGAGUUGUUAUAGAGAUGUGGCAGAAAUGGCCUGGUCAAACUACCAAACUUAAUGAAGAUUAGGAAUGAUUGCAGUAUAAUAUACAAGAAGUUUGUAACACAGUGAGUAUCUUAUAUACUGCAAUGAAUUUAUUGAUCUGAAGUAGAGCUGUCACAGUUGCUUUGCUGUUCCCUAAAAAAGUCAUACUAUUUCUUCCUGGUCUCUUACUGAUUGCUGUGUAAAAAAAUUAGGGUUUUUAAAAAUGCACUUCUUUCCCGCUCCUUUCCUAAACAUAGACAGAGGUGCACUCAGCAAUAAGUCCACUUUCUAUGUAAAGUGUGGAUCAGCUUUUAGUAAUGUUUCUCCCUCAUGGCAAUUGGGCUGGUAACUCAUUUGCGGUUUGAUUGCAGUUGCUGCAUAAAUUUGUGUUGAAUCAGGGUAGAUAGAUGGUGCCUUAGAAUUCCACAUAAUAAAUUUAAUACUUCUCAUACUCUCUUGGAAAAAAGUACCUGCUUUUGUGGCCUUUCAGCCUACAGGGUAAAUUGAAUGAAGAUUUUUCAGACAGCUUAUGAAUAGCUUUAAAAAUGUAAUUUCAACACUUUGCUAUCUUAGGAACCGAAGCUCUCCACAGAACUCCGAUGUGCUUUCCAGCAAAGCCUUGUAUACUGGCUUCAUCCUUUCCUGCCGUGGCUAAAGCUGUUCCCUCGUAUUGGAGCAGAUAGAAAAAUGACUGGGAAAAAUAAUCCUUGGUCCUAUGAUGAAGGGCUCCAACAAGUUCUCAUGAGUGAAUGGUGAGUUGAAGUGAAUGGAAAUACAUCACCAAGCAGCUAAGAGUCAAAUAGUACUGAUACUCACAGGAUAUUUUCAUAACUACCACCACAUUUCAAAAUUUGAGUUGAGUCAUAAUGCAAAGUCAAGGAAUUCAUUCUCAAUAAUCAGUAUAGCAGCUUUGGUUCUGGGGCCAACUGCACUUUGCAUGCAAAUGCUUACAAAAAUCUGGACACUUCUAUUUCAGAUAAGAAGCUGUAUUUGGAGAGGGGAAAUUUAUAGAAGGGAGGAUGUAUUUGUUUUCCUCUCCACCCUUUCUCUGCUCCCAAGCAGCUUUCCCCUCUAUAAUGUUCAGAAAAUUGGUUUGGCUGAUGUGUAAAUUUGAAGGAGAGAAAGGGUUAAGCAUCCCAUUAUCUUCGCACCUCCAGUCCUACUCUAAAAUUUCUCUCCUUUGUAAAGCAACUUUCCACUUUAUAAAGCGGUGUUAUGUAAGGCGCUAUUUUGCAACUUCAAGUUGUGAAAGGAAGAAACAUUAGAAGCCGUGUUCUGUGGAAUAAAUAUGCAUUAAUCCGCAAGGUCAGUCUUCAAGAUAGCACUACUGUGGAUAAGGAUAUCCUGAUUUCCCACUGUCAGAAACUUGUGGCCUCCAAGCGAUUGUUUGACUUCAACUCCCAUCUUCCUUGCAUGGGAGUUGGGAGUCCAACAAGUUCUGGAGCACCAAAGGUUCUUUGUUCAUUACUUGCUGCCCUUCACUUGGCCAGUAUUUCCCUUUUUGACCUGGAGAAGGUGUUUGUGUGUGUACACGCUCGGGUUAUCUACUCAGGUUGGUGAUUUUUGUUUUAAAGGCAUUUUGUCCAUUUGUGUGAUUUGUUUUUGAUGUGUGUUUUGCCUUGUUUUCCAGAAGUUUAUAUCUCAGGCUUCCCUUAAUCAGCAUUCUGCCAUUUCAUCAUUAUUAUUGCUUUUCUCAGUCUAUUUAGAUUUUCAGUUAAAAUGUCAGUAGCUUGGUUUUGCUACUAACAACUUCCCCUCAACUCUGUGUGUGCUGGUUUGCUUUUUCUUUAUGCUUGAAGGUGUCAGUUUGCAUUUCUUGGUACAGAAAGUAUUGAUCUGAUGUGUCGAGAUCUUUCCUGUGCUACUUAAUUCAGGAGGGUUCUGGAAGCUUCUCUGUGUGAAAGAAGGAGCCGAGUACAGCUGCUUUAAACUGGUUCUGUUAUCUCUUUCUGUCAAGGUCAUGCUAACAAUAAUAGUGAGGCCAGAAGGAGCCUGGGUUUGUUUCUUUCUUUCUUUCUUUCUUUCUUUCUUUCUUUCUUUCUUUCUGUCUCUCUUUCUUUCUGGUGUGGUGUUCUGUAUGCUUAGUGUUAAGAUUUAGACUUACUAUAAGUUACUGUAAGUUUACGUUAAGUCUGCUGCAACUAGGUUUUUUAUGGACAGUGCCAAUCCUGAAUGUAUUGGAUUUGUGACCAUUAUGUUCAUUUUCCUCCAGUAGCGGUAAAGCUCUGCUAGAUGAAAUGCCUCAGGUCUAUUUUGGAGGAAUGCUGCAACGUGUUUAAGUUUUUACUCUGCUAACGAUACAUUGGAAUCUACUGUGGAUCAAUAUUGAGUAGAAUUUCAAUGACAGAAGGUGGUGUGGGAAUCCAGUCCCCCAUCCUGUCCUUGGUCUGUGGCUAGUGGAACAGACAGGAGCUAGAUUGGUCUGGGCUUCAACUGUCUUCCACUCCCCAUACACCAGAAGCACAUUUCAGGUUACGUACCAACUUCCUGUUGUAAACUACUCUCUGUGUGCGAGUAGUUUGGUUGUCUCUGUGUUUUGUUUCCCUCAGUUUUGCUGUUUCCAAAUUGCAGGCUGAUCAUUCUGCACCUUGAUUCUUUACCUUGCAGGUGUCUCAGUUUUACCUCCCUUUAUAAUCUGCUGAGAGCCAAGCUUUGCCCCUAUUUCUACGUUUGCACUUACCAGUUCACGGUGUUGUUCCGUGCAGCAGGGCUUGCUGGAAGUGAUGUGAUCACUGCGCUAAUUUCACCCACAACUAGAGGCUUAAGGGAAGCCAUGCGAAAUGAAGGUGAGAACAGUAUGUUAUUAAGCCAAAUGACUUACAAAAGCCCUCUUGUAUAUUGUCUCUACACCAUUAAUUUGCUUUUUCCACUCCUUCUCAGGUAUUGAAUUUUUGUUACCUUUUCAAGAAGUUAGAAAAAGGAAAUCGAAUGUGUUGGCAUCCCACUUAGAAACAGGACUUGUUAGUGGCUCUGAAACAACAGGCAAGGAUGCUGAGAAUGAAGAGUAUGUAGUUCUUGUUAUGGGGUCUUUCUCAUUGGAAAAGCUGGCUCUGUCUUGUUGCAUUUUUCUAGCACAAGAACUACUUUUCUGAUGCAAGAUAAAUCGUGUUUUGUUUUGUUUUUACUCCCGAACUGAUUUCUGUACAGUGGUACCUCGGUUAAGAACUUAAUUCAUUCUGGAGGUCCGUUCUUAACCUGAAACUGUUCUUAACCUGAAGCACCACUUUAGCUAACGGAGCUUCUCGUUGUUGCUGCUGCCCCGCUGCUGCGUGAUUUCUGUUCUUAUCCCGAAGCAAAGUUCUUAACCCGAGGUACUAUUUCUGGGUUAGCGGAGUCUGUAACCUGAAUCAUCUGUAAACUGAAGCGUCUGUAACCCAAGAUACCACUAUAUUAAUAGAUGGCUCACAUGUUGCGACCUACUAAAGUGGUGUCUCUUUGCUUAGGGGACGAGGAAUGAGUGAUGUUGAUGACGAUGAAGGAUUUUCAUGGUUGGAGGAGAUGGGAGUACAAGACAAGAUUAAAAAGCCAGAUACAAUUUCUAUCAAACUGUAUCCUUUCAAAAGUGAAACACUUCCUUAAGUUGUGAUUUUAAAGCUGUGUGCAAGACUUGUCUAAUAUACAGCUGAGAAAGCAACACUCAACUACUGAGAGGCAGGAACAUUUGGUGCUUGUUCCUGAUAUUUGGAGUCAACACGGUACAUUGAGUGCAAAACGCUUUCAACAUGUACUAUAGUCAGUUAAACUCAUUUUGAUACGGAUUAUAAUCAGUGCAAGUGGGAUGAUUGCCAAGGAUGAUUAGGAAAGGACCUUCCUUUCUACUGCUCCUAAUGAGGCACAUAACAUGCCAGUGCUGAGGGUUCUGCAGCGGCUGUGUAUUAGCCACUGAGACAGUUUUACAUACAAAGCCCUAAAAAAUCUCUGCUUCGGGUUACCUGAAAAUCCAUCUUUUUCUUCACUGCCCAGUAAGGGUGCUAUGACCAGUAACUGGAACUCAAAAUAGUUUUGCCAUGUCCUGGUGUCGUAUCAGUUUGUGCUAACCAGGAGGUGUUGAAUUGCCUUCCCUGCAGCUCUUGAAGACACACCAGUUUAGGAAGCCAUUCCCCUGAACUGUGCUUGUGUUUUUAUGUUACCUGUUAACUAUGCUUCUUAAAAUUGUAUGUUUUAAUUAAGGAUUAUUUGUUGCUGCACAUUUGCUGCUGUCCAUAUGUUGCUGCACGUUUUAAUUAUGGGUUCAUUUCAUACCUGUAAACUGCUUAGAAGCCAUUUUGGUACAUAAGCAGCAUGUAGAUGAAUUAAUAAUACUGAAGUAGGCAAGAGUCAUAUUGGCUAGCAGUUUCAGAUACCCUUGAUGUGGUAUGACUAGCACAUCAAGGUGAGUAUGAGGAAAUCACAAUUUUUUCCACAGCAGGUUUUUUCGGGGGUCAGGGAUUGUUUCUUUGCAAGCAUGACAAGAUCAAAGCUUUUUCAUAGCUAGGCGAAUUAUUAGCUAAAAUUUAAAUAGUAACAGCACAGUAUUAAUGUGUACUUAAAGCACAUUCCUUGCCUCUGAGACAAGGGUGAAAUGUGUCUUUACCUUGUAAAUCACUUGCAAAAAUUAAAUAAGGUUAUGACUUUCAAUUUGUAUUGACUUUGUAUUCAUCUUCUGCUGUUGUGUGUGUGUGUGUGUGUGUGUGUGUGUGUAUACCUUUCCCUUGACAUUUGGUCUGUAGCUGUAAGGAGAGAAAUGAGGUACAAAUGGAUCACAAGCCCGAAUCUGUUGUGCUGGUCAAAGGAACAAACACAUUCACUUUGCUAAACUUCUUGAUAAAUUGCAAGAGCUUAGUGGCUGCUGCAGGCCCUCAGGCUGGCAUCCCUCCAACACUGCUGUCACCAGUUGCCUUUAGAGGGGCAACGAUGCAAACGCUCAAGGUAAAAAUUACUGCAACAUGAUUUCACAUAUUGUUGGCUUUAUGGCGGGGGAGGGGGAAUGGCUUGUGUGAACACUGGUGGCAGGAUGGGGAAGCUCAUUUUUUGGAUUUGCCCUCCCCUUGCAGCUUCUUGUGCCCUUUGAAAAAUCUCUUAUGGGGGGUGGAAUGCCAGGCUAAUUGGAGAAAAUUGGCUUCACCCAGUCCUCUUAGUGGGGUCCUCCACUGGAUCAAAAGCCUUCUAUGAAAGAAAGGAGACCUCUUUGUGGAAGACUGUUAGGAUCCAACUUGCCAGAUUUAAUUCCUGGAAUCUGUUACUAAUCAUUAUCACUUAGCAUGACUAUUGUUGGUCUGAUAAUUUACCAUGUGUUUCAAAAUGCCUGCCUCUAUGAUUCCGUGCUCCCUUCCCGUGUAUCGGUAUAACAUGAAAUGAUUGCAGGCUGCUACCAGACAUUUGCCUUAGUAUUGUAUCAUAUGGUGCAGCAAGACCCAACUUUUUAAGAAUUUCUCUAGCGCACCAGCAGCCACCCUGUCAGGCCUGCUGGAGGCGGUGGCCAGCUGGGCCUUGGAGUUCCCUAACCUAUUGGUAUUGGGGGACUUCAACAUCCAUGCUGAUGCCACUCCCUCCUCACAGGCUCUGGACCUGGUGUCUUCCAUGGCAACACUAGGGCUCUCCCAGUUUGUUUCAGGCCCCACACAUCAAGCAGGCCACACGCUGGAUUUGAUCUUUGGCGUAGGUAUAGAUGUGAUCAUGUCUCCUUCAAUUAAGGUGCCAUGGUCUGAGUCACUACGCUCUGAAAGCCAGGAUUGACUUUCCACCCCCACCCUGCUUAGGUGGCGAGCCGAUUUGGGCUCGCCCGCAGAGGCUGAUGGACCCUGAUAGAUUCCGUCAAGCCUUGCGGGACCUUGCUCCCCCCUGGCGACUCAUUGACUGAGCUUGUUGAGGGCUGGAAUACCCAGCUCCUGGCAGCCAUAGAUGAGAUCGCACCUAAGCGCCCUCUGCGACUCCGCAGAAACCGGGCUCCCUGGUUUACCGAAGAGCUUCGGAAAAUGAAGCGGGACCUCAGACGGCUAGAGCGAGUAUGGCGGGGUGCCCGUGACGGAGCCUCAAGAACAUCUUAUAGGGUUUUUAUGAAAACCUAUGAAUUUAUGAAAACCUAUGAGAUGGCGGUGAAGGCCGCUAAGAAGUCUUACUUCUCGGCCUCCAUUGCAUCCGCUAGCUCUCGCCCGGCGCAAUUAUUUAGUAUAAUUAGGUCUUUAACGUCCCUUGAAGGACAGCCAAAUUUAAAUAACAAUCUGACACACAGCUGUGAGGCAUUUGCGAGCUUGUUUGCGGAGAAGGUCCUGUUGCUCCGCCAUGACCUCCCUGCCAAUUUGGAUACAAUAAAGGAACUGGAGGCCCCUCGACUGUCCUCGGGUCCAGUAUUGGACCACUUUGAUCGGAUAUCCCCAGCCGAUGUGGACAGACUCCUCCGAGCUGGAAAGCCCACCACCUGUCCUCUUGACCCGUGCCCGUCUUGGCUGAUUAGAGCGUGUCCAGGCGAGGUGCGGGCCCCUGGGGAUAUCAUCAAUUUGUCCCUUGGCACCGGGAUAUUUCAGGGAAUUGAAGGAGGCAGUGGUGUGCCCGCUCUUAAAGAAAACAUCAUUAGAUCCCUUAGAUCUAUCCAAUUACCGCCCGGUUUCGAAUCUUCCAUUCCUGGGUAAGGUGAUUGAGAGAGCGGUUGCUGAACAGCUUGGUAGGUUUCUGGAUGAAACAUCGGCUCUGGAUCCAUUCCAGUCUGGCUUCCGCGCUGGUCAUGGGACCGAGACGGCUCUGGUUGCCCUAACAGAUGAUCUCCGCAGGCAGCUGGAUUGAGGCGGGUCGGGGCUGCUGAUUCUUCUAGACCUGUCAGCAGCCUUCGACAUGGUUGAUCACGAACUCCUGGACCACCGCCUUGCCGACGUGGGGAUCCAGGGCACAGUCCUUCAAUGGCUGCGCUCGUUUCUCUCCGGUCGGGGACAGAGGAGUGGCGUUGGGGGGGGAAUUGUCAUCCCGCCACUCCGUGGUGUGUGGAGUGCCUCAGGGUGCGAUACUCUCCCCGAUGCUUUUAACAUCUUUAUGCGCCCCUCGCCCAGCUUGUCCGGAGUUUUGGGCUGGGUUGCCAUCAGUAUGCCGAUGACACCCAACUCUAUCUGUUGAUGGAUGGCCAUCCUGACUCGGCCCCAGACACACUGACCAGAUGUUAGAAUCUAGAGAUAGAAACUUGUGUUGCUGCAGACUUUGCUCUUAGCAACCAUUUGCUUUGUCUCCAUUAGCCUAAAUCAGCUGUACUAGCCACUCCCUAUAGUAAAUCACACAUUCAUGCACUCAAAUUAUGUAAUGCUUUAAGUUCUUAAUACUGGAGGUGGUAGCUGGGCUUUUUGCGUGCGAGCAGAGGGCAGUAUCUAAGUGGAUAUUUUGUGAUUCUGCUAGAAUUUUUAAUAGGCAGGGCUUAUUAAGUUGUAAAUUCUCCCUUUUCCAUAAUUCAUCCGCAUGAAGACACCAUGCUUACACCCAACCUCUUGAGCAUCUAUCAAUGGUGUGUUCACAUUCCUUCUGCUUUGUAGAUUGCAACCAUUUAAAUGCUUAGUCUCUCAUUUAUGACCACAUACUUUCAAUUUUUUGACUUUCCUCCAGUACCAUCCCCCUGUAAUUGCUGCCUUGCAUUUUUCCUAUAUGUAGAAUUGACCCACUGUUAAACUUUGGGUGCAUAAAAAGGUUAGGUUUAAUUUCAAUGUUUUUGAACCUUCGUGUCAUAUUGCUUAAUAUUUUUCCACAGGCUCGAAGCAUAAAUGUGCGGACACAGGUCCAAUCACGUUACAAAGAUUUAUUUAGUCUGGAGAUUGUUGGUCCUGUCAUGCCUCACUCUAUGCAUUCCUUGUCCAUGCUGCUCAAAUCUGCUCAGAAUGGAUCUUACUCUGCUGUGUGUUCUACACAUGACCCAACAGCAGUGUUCAACACAAGCAUCGGUAAUGAACAGAGCAUAAAAGAGGUAAAGAGAUUUUACUUAACAUUCAUCUGAAUUGGGAAUAAUCUGAUUAACGGAAAAGAGAAAGCAUGCUAGCCCUGUUAUAGGUGUCACAUAAUACCCAUUCUGCAUUUGUAAGAAAUUGAUCUUUUAGUGUGGUGCCGGCCUGCAUUCUGGAACCCCCUGCCUAUUGACACUAGGCAGAUGCCUUCACUGUAUUCUGACACUGCUGUAAACAGUUUAGACAAGCCUACUCCACACAUGUAAAAUGAUGGUGUAUUUUUAAUAUGUUUUUAGUUCAUUGCUGAUUUUAUCUUUUGAUUGUUUUAAAGAGUUAGUUUUUACUAUUAUAUUGAAUUAUUUUCUUUGUAAACCACUUUGUUUUUUAACAAAGUGGUAUGUGAACUUUUUAAAAUCAAUGGUUCCAUAGGUGCUCAAAGGAUAGGGUGUUUGGUAGACUUGUGAAAUGGCAUGUUAAACAGUAAGAAAUUGUACUAGUAAUACUUUUCUUAAUUUUUACAGGAACCCCAUAGCAAGGACCUUAAGAAGUGUGGAUUGCAUCCUAACACUUUAGAACAGCUUACUCUUUCUCCAACAUUAGGAAAGUCAUCCAUAAGGCUCCUAGAAAUGAACAAUUAUGCCUACACAUGGAAAGCCUAAACAAGCAAUAUCGGUCAAUGAAGAAUUGCCAUUGGUGUUCCUGAGAUGUUUAAGCCAUGUUGGGUGGGUACAAUAGCAUUCUGCCAAUAACAAACUGUACAUGUUAAUGUGCAAAACCUACCAGCUAGAUUAGCCUUCCUAAGCAGUUGAUGGAAAACUGCCUAUUCUGUGUUGUAUAGUGAACUCAACCUUUGCCUUUUUUUCCCACGAUUGAAACCUUGGUAUUUAUAGAUUUUUAAUUAAACUUUAAC